UGGUUAUACAAUAUCGAAAUUAGGUUUGGAUUCUAUUUUAGUAAGCCUGUCCUAUUCUCGCAUCAGGAGCCGCCUUGAGCCAAGUCUAUACGUACUGCACAUGCGCAGUACGCUUGUUGAUUUGAGAGGGGCAUUACACAAUGCUAUGCCUCUCGCAUUGUUGUAGCAUUAACGUCAGAUAACAGUGCGGCGCAUGCAUGCGCUGGAACUAUCAUUACGUCAUGCAGUGAGUGUGUUGCGUACUCUAUUCUCGCCAUAAUCACCUUUGCAAACGACAACACUAACUCAGUUGCAUUCGGCGUCACUCUCUGCUACAUGACUUGUGUGUAUAUGCUUUCUGUGAGAAGACAUACGUGGAGUGGCUCGAAUCAUUGUGUCAACUUGUCCUGAACUUGUGAAGGCUUCACCAUAGAGCAAGAAACAGACCUAUACCACUUCCCGUGUCAUUCUGCUUAGUGACGAUAUUGGAUUGGCAACUUGAAGAGUCUGACGCGACAUCUGCAGAAAUCUUACAUUUUGUGUUCAGCCUAAACUUAUUCAUAAUGCCCUCUACCAGUGAGAAACCGUACGCGUGCGACAUCUGCGGAAAAUCGUAUGUGCAGAAAGGAGGCCUCAGGUCACACAAGAUGACCCACACCGGCGAGAAACCGUACGCAUGCGACAUCUGCGAGAAAUCGUUUAGGGACAAAUUAGGCCUCGGGCUACACCAGAGGAUCCACACGGGCGAGAAACCGUACACAUGCGACAUCUGCGGGAAAGCCUUCACGCAAAGCGGAAGCCUCGUGCUGCACAAGAGGACCCACACCGGUGAGAAACCGUACGCAUGCGACAUCUGCGGAAAAUCGUUUGCGGCGACUGGAAGCCUCAGUAAACAUACGAGGACCCACACCGGCGAGAAGCCGUACGAAUGCGACAUCUGCGGGAAAUCGUUCUCAGAAAACGGAAGCCUGAAGCUACAUAAGAGGAUCCACACCAAUGAGAAACCGCACACAUGCGACAUCUGUGGACACUCGUUCUCGCAAAUUGGAAACCUCAAAAAACACCAGAGGACGCACAACAGUGACAAAUUGUUCGCAUGCGACAUUUGCGGGGAAUCAUUCACGGAGAGAGUAAUUCUUCGGCAACACAAGAAGACCCACACUAGCGAGAAACCGUACACAUGCGACAUCUGCGGCAAAUCGGUCGCACUGAACGGAAACCUUAAACUACACAAGCUGACCCACACCAAUGAGAAACCGUACGCAUGCGACACCUGCGGAAAAACCUUCGCGCGGAAUGGACACCUCAAUCGCCACAAGAAGAUCCACACCGGCGAGAAACCGUACACCUGCGACAUCUGCGGCAAAUCAGUCGCGCUGAAAGAGAACCUCAAACUGCACCAGAUGACCCACAAUGAGAAAUCGUUCAGAUGCGACAUCUGCGGAAGACGGCUCUCGACGAAAGGGACUUUUAGGCAACACCAAUUGACCCACACCAAUGAGAAACCGUACGCAUGCGACAUGUGCGGAAAAUCAUUCUUGUGGAGUUUAAGCCUCAAGCUUCACAAGGCGACCCACAGCGACGAGAAACCGUACACAUGCGACAUCUGCGGAAAAUCGUUCCCGUAUAAUCAAAGCCUCAAGGAACACAAGAAGACCCACACCGAUGACAAACCGCUCGGAUGCGACAUCUGCGGGAAAUCUUACAAGUUUGCGAAUAGCCUCAGAAUGCACAGAAUGACACACACAGGUGAGAAACCGUACGCGUGCGACAUCUGCGAGAAAACGUUCGCGCAGAAUUCAGGCCUGAGGCUACACAAAAAGACCCACACCAACGAUAAACCCUACGUAUGCGACAACUGUGGGAAAGCGUUUAUGCACGUUGGAAGCCUCAAGAAACACCAGAUAACCCACACCAAUGAGAAACCGUACGCAUGCGACAUCUGCGGAAAAUCGUUCGCGCGGAAUGAAUACCUUAAGGUACACAAGAUGACCCACACCGGUGAGAAACCGCACACGUGUGUCAUCUGCGGGAAAUCAUAUGCACAGAAAGGACAGCUUAAUCGACACAAAAUGACCCACACAUAUGACAAGCCGUGCAGAUGUGACAUCUGUGGACAAUCUUACAAAUAUACGGAUCAGUUGAACCGGCACGCGAUGACCCACACCAGUGAGAACCCGUACGCAUGCGACAUCUGUGGGAAAUCGUUCGUGUGCGAAAACUACCUGAAAAUGCACAAGAAGAUCCACGACGACAAUAGGGAGAGACCAUUUACUUGUAGCUUCUGUGGCAAAGGGUUUACGGACAAAAUCAAGGUUCGGCGGCAUGAGAGGAUCCACACCAAUGAGAAACCGUUCACAUGUGACAUUUGUGGCAAAUCGUAUAGGUGGAGCUCGAGCCUUCAAAAGCAUUUCAAAGCUACAGACCAUCAUUUGCAGCCAUCCUAACUGUAACUGACGUCAUAACAAUGUAAUGAGUCUUGAAAAUCAUACUUGAUUAAAGAUCGUAACGGGACUAAAAUUCCUGUGAAGUGAUUCUUUCUGGCAAGCUGUCAUUUGGAAGAAAACAGUGAAAGAAGACCAUUUCCACCGUGGGUCUAAAGGCGCAUUUCUGGAAAUUUCCGUUUAGUACAUUGUUCAUGUAGUUCGUUUUUAAUUACUCGAAGCGUGCACAAGCGGUGACACAUUGUAUAUACAUUGUAUAUACAAUGUAUAUACAUUGUAAAUGAUAUUAGUUGCUCACAUUUGAGUAGUUUUACCUUCAUUUGUAGCAUAGGAUGAAAUUAACCAAUUUCUUGAGAGUGAGGCAUGUGAGAGUGUCCUGAAUACAUUGUACAGUCGAACACCUUUAUAACAAGGUCCUUGGGACUUUAUGAAUUCCACCUUGUUAUAGUUUGAAC